AUGGUCCACAGGUUGGACAGUGGCUCCCCGUUUUGGAGGAUACAACUAGAUCAAGACCUCCUGGAUACUAUUAGCGCUAUUUAUCCCGAGUGGUUUAAGGAUUAUACGAACAGCAGUAGAACCUCUAUAUCCUCUAUUAUUUCGUCAUCGCCCACCCACCAGUCUAACGACGAGUCGAUUGAUAGAGACAAAGCCUCUGAUUCGACAGACCAGGAGGGCCAAGGUCACAAGAGUGCCAAAGAAGCUAAAACCAAGUCCAAGGUCAGGAAACUCGAGAGGUCCAAGGACCGGAGGGAGAAGCGUCAAAUUAGAGAAGUUGAUAGAGAUUUGCCGGGAAGCGAGACCGUCAAAAAAGGGGCAAAGCAUCCUUCUUCAGGCCCGCGACACGAAAGAGAAAGAACGGAGAGCUCUUCGACGGGGAGAAAGUCGGCGGGUGGUGCCUCCGAAGACACAUCACCCGAAUCCGAGGACUCUGCAGAAAUGGCUGAAGGCAAUAGAUCGUCUCCUCCGAAAGCGGAAGUUGACGAUUCGCCUUUACAAUACGCCAUGGACCGCAAUAAGGAAUGUGAGCAACUUGAACGUUUGUUCUGUGUUUUAAAUAUCAUCAUUGGUAAGAAGGUUUACGCAAAAAGCGACUUACGUGAGAGCGCGUGA